UCUGAAGGAGCCCCGCUGAUGCAAUACAAAUUUUCGGGGAAAGGCUUCAAGAAAUAUAAUACAGUUCUGGCGAUCCUGCAAACACCAGGCUGCGAAAAUGCAAAGAAUAAGAACAAGAAUAAGAAGAACAAGAACAAGAAAAAGAAAAAGGAAGAGAGAAAAAAGAGGAGAAAAUUGAAGAACGAUGGUACAGAACAGACACUACGAAAUGAUAAUAGAAAACGACAAGGCAGAAAGAAUGCGAAAGAAAUGAAGGAAAGUGAAGGUAAUGGAAAUGGUAAAGGAAAUCGUAAUGGAAAACGACAAGACAGAGAGAAUGCGAAAAAAAUUAAGGAAAGUGGAGGUAAUAGAAAUGAUAAUGGAAAUCGUAAUGGAAAACAACAACAAGACAGAGAGAAUGCGAAAGAAAUUAAGGAAAGAGGACGAAAUGGAAGAAGAGGACAGCAAGAGGAAAAGAGUGUGAACGGAAGGAAGGAAGAUGAAGGAAGACCGAAGCCACAAGGUUAUAAUGGCGGGAAUGGGAAGAGAACACAGCCGAAAGAUCGAAAGGAGGGAACAAGAAUGUCAAAAGGGAGGACCAAAAGACAAGCUAAGAGGAUAGAACGGAGAAAGAAGGCAGAUGCGCAGAAAACGAACAAGAAACAAAAGAAGCAGAACGAAGACGAGAAGGAGGACAAGAAGAAGAAAAAGAAAAAGAAGAAGAAGAAGAAGAAGAAGAACACCGUCACCAAGAUCAGUAAGAAACAACCAACCGUGUACACCCGUAACCAACGCAAUGGUAAUCGCGUCGAUGUUUGGAUCAAGGUUACGUCCUUCCUCACUUGGAUGGUAACGGUCGUAACGGCGAACAGUCCCAGCCCUAUGUGUUACCGCGCCCCGCAAUUCAAGUCAGCCCCGAACAUAACGCAAGUUCUCCCCGCGUGCGGUUAGUCGGGAAUCUGGGAAUCUUAGGACUAGGAAUCACUGAAACCAGGCAUCCAUUCUUCUGUGGAUUACAUUGGAACCGCCCAGCAGAAUUCCUCACCAGUGCUCCCACGAUUAUCGUAAAUGUGUUUUGCUGCUAAGAUGAAAUUAUGAGGUUAGAGACAGGCUUCAUGUUGAGUUACGCUAUCAUCUGAACAGAAAUACAAUGAAAAUAAGAUUAUUCUUCACCCUUGUAACAGAUUUUCCUCCAGCACUGUACUUUCCCAAAAUUAAAGUAUUUCUGAUAUUUGAUUUGCAAAAGGAUCAGAGAGAAUCACACUUAUAUACUGCAUGAUGUACCUGAAGAAAACCUCAGUGAUCACUGAUUUUAUGUAGUUUAUUUUUAAAUUCCAAGGUGAUUAAUAGCGCAUUUGGUGAUUGUGUAUUCAAAGGCUAAUGGUUGGUGUCUUAAGUUAUUGGCCAUAUUCAAAGGUAUGAAGGGGAUAUAUAUAUACAUAUGCAUGAUACUGCAAUGUUUGGCUACGGUUAAUCAUUGCUGAUAUAAUCUGGUAAAUCAUAAUAAAGUAUUGAUGAGAAA